CCUCAGGAUUGCCACACUGUGCUCGUUUCAGAUCCCGGGGAGACAUGUCCUGCAUUCACAGCUCUCAGCUUCAGCAACGCUUUGAUAGGGACCGACCUGAAAGUGAAGCUCAUGCUGUACACCAGGCAAAACCCAGACUGUGCCGAAGAGCUCAAUUCUACAGCCUCCAAGUAUCUAGAUCUGACCAAGAAAACCACCUUCAUUAUCCACGGGUACCGGCCCACAGGCUCUGCCCCGGUCUGGAUCCCUGGCUUGGUACAGCUCCUGCUUUCUGUGGAAGCCAUGAACAUCAUCGUAGUGGACUGGAACCGGGGGGCAACGACCAUCAUCUACAGCACGGCUUCCAGAAACAGCAAGAAAGUUGCUGAGAUUCUGAAGAAACUUAUUGAUGAAAUGUUGGUAAGUUGAACGUUCACACUAUGAUAUAGUUGUUAAUAUGUAAAGGGCACAAAGGAAGUGU